AUGAUACCACCAAUCAAGAACCUGAGCAAGGACAAGAAAUCUUCGUUGAAAAAUUUGCAAAACUGCGUGAGCUACGAGACUACUAAAAAAGAUAUAAUGUUUGUCACCAUCUCCAAUGUUGAGCAAUUUACAUCCCAAAGCCUCAACUUGUUGAUUUUAGAUGAUCAGGGAAACACGCUUCGAAACCAGCAGGACAUUGGCAAGUUCAACAGAGAAGUGGAAUUACUCAUCACCAACCUGGAGAGUUUAAAAAGUAUUGUUUUGGAAGAAAAACGAGAAGAAGGCAAGGCCAAUAGCAAUAACAAUGUCGAAGAAAUUGCAAAGGAUACAAAGAUGAUCCACGUAUGUUUUGAUAAUGUAUACAGCGACUUAUCGUGGAGUUUCCAGCCGCGCAUAUUCGAAUUUGAAGUGACUGUCAACAUCAAAAACGACAUUGAAAGCACGGAUUAUGGAAUGUAUAGACAAUAUUUCACGUAUUUACAAGACGAGAAUUCAAAGGAGGGACAAGCAGAAAUCAAUGCAAUGUCAUUUGAGGCCAAGAUGUUGCUUGUAGAGAUGGAUCUACAAACAGUUGUCGACAAAUUACUUGAACUGGACGAGACACUAAAGUUGUUAAUGGAAAAUGAGUUCAAGUUGCGAGACGCUAAUGAAGAAAUUUUCAGUGGCUACACGUUGAUAAGCAUUGUCUUGUGUGUCACGAUCCUCGUCUGUGGAUUACUUCAAUUGAUUUAUUUCAAAUUCUAUUUGAGAAGGAAAAACGUUUUACGAUAG